UGUGCGUGCCUGUAAAAUAUACGAGGAGGGUGGAUGUGACAGAGGGAGGACGACAAUAUGAGAGGGCGGUGUGUGUGUGUGUGUGUGUGUGUGUGUGUGUGUGUGUGAGUGUGCUGGCAAGAGAGGCUGGAGGAGAAAUGUACAGAUCAGAGAGAGGAAGGCGACAGGGAGAGCUUCACGUUGCCCACACUCCAUUCAAGACCUUAAUCUCUUGCUCCCCUUGGGAAUAACAAGGUAGCGAGCCAGACUCCUUGAACAAGAUGCCGCCGUACAACUGCUCGUCUGAUCUAACCAAUCUGACUCCUGACACCAAUGGCAGCCGUAUCCACAUGGAGGACACGUGUGUGACAACGGACACCUUCCUGGAUAAGUACUUGGGCCCCCGUCGCUCCCCUGUGCUGCUUCCCGUCUUCAUCAUUUACCUGAUCAUCUUUUUGGUAGGCGUGUUGGGCAAUGCACUGACUUGCACCGUCAUUGCACGCAACAAAGUGAUGUGGACGCCGACAAACUACUACCUGUUCAGCCUGGCGGUGUCGGACCUGCUGGUGCUGCUGCUCGGCAUGCCGCUGGAGCUGUACGAGCUGUGGCAGAACUACCCCUUCCUCCUAGGGAAGGGCGGCUGCUACUUUAAGACGUUUCUAUUCGAGACGGUCUGCUUUGCGUCCAUCCUCAAUGUGACUGCACUGAGCGUGGAACGCUACAUCGCCGUGGUGCACCCGCUCCGUGCCAAGUACGUAGUGACGCGCACCCACGCCAAGAGGGUCAUCCUCACAGUGUGGGGUGUGUCAGUGUUGUGUUCUCUCCCCAACACAAGUCUGCAUGGGAUUUCCUACCUGAGCUGCGACUCCUGCAGCUCGGGUGGACCUCUGAGCGUGGAGAUCCCCGACUCGGCCAUAUGUACGCUGGUGAAGCCACAAUGGAUCUACAACCUGAUUAUCCAAGUGACCACCUUGCUAUUCUUCAUCCUACCCAUGCUCACCAUCAGUGUCCUGUACACGCUCAUUGGGCUGCAGCUAAAACGAGAGAGGAUGCACCAGGCGCUGGAAGCGAAGGCGGGCGCCGGUCAGGACAGCUUCUGCAACAACCGCACCCAACAACAAAAGGCACGACGACGGCAGGUCACCAAAAUGUUGUUUGUUCUAGUGGUGGUUUUUGGGAUCUGCUGGGCCCCGUUUCACACCGACCGCCUGGUGUGGAGUUUCAUCAGCGAGUGGACCGACAGCCGCCUGCAAAUCUUCCAGUAUGUGCACAUCCUCUCUGGAGUGUUUUUCUACCUCAGCUCCGCCGUCAACCCAAUCCUGUACAACCUCAUGUCCACGCGCUUCCGAGAAAUGUUCAAGGAGGUCAUGUGCCAUCGGCCGCACCACAUCGUCCCUCGAAAAUACUCGCUGAGUGUCACUCGGGUGACGCUUCGCAGUACCAUCAACGAUGUCCCGCAAAACAUUGGACCAAACGUUGCGGAAGGGGAGGCAGAAGGAGAACGGGCAGUGAGAGAGACGGCAAUCACAUGUUAAGCACAUUCUUAUGAUGUUAAGGAUUGCAUGACGCUCAGAUAGUGUCUCACUUUCAACCACCGCAUCCGUUCCCUGUCCUUCGCAAUUGGACUGAUUCAGCUUCAUGUCUGAAAAUACGGCAACUACCGCAUGAACAAGCACAGGGCGAAUUACUGUAACGUAUGUCAGGGGUGUGCGAACAACAUACUGAAAAAUGAAGGGAUGCAAGGGCCACUUUGAUAUAUUGGAAAGAAGGAAUAUGUCAAGAAAAACCUGCAUCUCAGCUUUGUGAUGUAGGCGACAAAUGACUUGCUCGCAAAAAUAAAGGGAACACUUGUGUGAAAUCAAACUGUCCACUUUGGAAGCAACACAGAUUGACAAUCAAUUUCACAUGCUGUUGUGCAAAUGGAAAUAGACACCACGUGGACAGCACAGCAUAAUAAUAAUAAUAAUAAUAAUAAUAAUACAUUUGAUUUCCAUUGAUAAUUUCUGUGUGAUUUAGUUGUCAGCACAUACAGUAUAUGUAAAGAACAAAGUAUUUAAUAAGAAUAUUUCAUUCAUUCAGAUCUAGGAUGUGUUAUUUUAGUGUUCCCUUCAUUUUUUCGAGCAGCGUAUUUCAUCUUUCUUCUUAAAUAAGUUUUGUAAAUUUUCUUCUCGUAUUUUGACUUUAUUCCCCCGAUAUUUUGACGUUUUCACCAAGCCAAUUUUCCAACAAUUUUUUUUUUUUAAUUCUCCUAAAAUUGACAUUUUCGGACGCUUUUUUCUCUUAAUCCUUUGACUUUAUUUGCGUACAAUUCCAGCUAUAUUUUCCAUCUCUGCCAUUUGUUUCCUCAUAAUUAUGACGUUAUUUACAUAUUUUGAUUUUAUUAUCAUAACAUAAGUUUUUUGCGACCUAAUUUUCCCAAAAUUGCAACUUUCUUUGUUUUUCAUGACAUUACAACUUUUAAAAAGUAACGUCUUUGAUACAGUCGUCCCUCACUACAUCGCAGUUCACCUUUCACGGCCUUGCAGUUUCAGACAUAUUUUUUUGCAAUUUUGCAAAAACCCACGCAUUGUGUUCUGCGUCCUGAUUGGCUGCAGACCAUUGUCAGUCAAUCUCCUCCGUGCCGUGUCCCCUGUUGUCUGCGAUCGCGAGCAAACAGCUAGCGGUGUGACUCUGAACUUUCUAUGUUUGCAAGUUUUCUCACAGUGUCGAUGAAACCUUCUGCGCCCAAAAGGCAAAGGUAGAUGCUAACUAAACAUUGCACAAAAAGUUGGAUUUCUGGACAUGCCGAAGGAAGACAGAAGUUACGCGGCUAGAGGGCGCCAUUACGGAAUAAAUGACUCUUCGGUUUGUUCCAUAAAGUUUGAGGAAAGUAGCAUAAGGACGACAGCAGCAAUGAGUUUUAACAAGGAUGCAAUAAACACUAGAGCGGAGCGGCGCCAGGACAAAGAGGCUCGGUCAGAGGAAUGUAGUUCCAGGUACUCGCUGGGGUUACACAAGUGAGGAGUUUGGCUUCUCGAAACAAUUUGCGUUCAAAAGAGUAGUAUAUUUGCAUCACAAAAAUGCCUACUCAAAAUAAUCAGACCUCACAAAUCGCUCUGCGUUAUAUUUGUCUCCCCCCGUAUCCUUGUGCACUGUCGCCUGUCCAUUCUUGUGUAUGUGACAAAGACGCUCACGUCUUCUUCCGCGACGGAGCGCCACGGCCAUCUUGUUUACGUGUGUGUUCCACAGCGAGGUCCGUGGGUUGAUCACAGCUUUUGUCUUGACUCAAUGGGAAGCAAUGGGAACCAAAGGCACUACUUCCCGCUAUGAAAUCUGCUCCAACGUCUUUAACACUUGGGGUAGAGAAGUGAAUGAGGUAUCAAAUUCUAGUGCAAGUCAUGUUUUAUCAGAUAGAAUUAAUCACAGACUUGAUUUAAUUCAACCUGUGAAUUCAUUCAUCGUUAAUUCAACCUGAAGUGUUGGUUGCGCUGGAUUCAAAUAAAAUGCGAAUGCAUUUGCCAUUAAUUGUUGUUUACUUGUUUGUUUUAUAUCCAUAAUUAAUUCAUACCUGAUUCUAUUACCAAAAACAACGAGGAGUCUAGUCACCUGGACCGUCACCUGCACGGUCCAGUAUCCAGGUAUUUAUUUCACAAUCACACUGGUUGAAUUUUUGGCUAAAAACUUACUGAAUCGAUUUAAAGUUACUGAAUCGUUUCGGAUCGUAUCCUUCUAAAUAAACCAAUUUCGUCCUUGAAUCGUAUUGGCAACCACGAAUCGUGAUACGAAUCGAAUCGUUAUGAAAAUGAAUCGUUACAGCCCUAGUCCUUGUGUUUGAGAAAGCUGCUUACAAAUUCAAAGUAUUAUUAUUAUUAUUGUCAUGAAUAAAUGUACACCUUGGUCAAAAGUCAAAUGAACAUACAUCACCCCAGACUUAAAAAAAAAAAAGGGGGGGAGGAUUUGCUAAAAACAACAAUUCCGGCUGAGAAUUACAGUGCAUCAUUAAAAAGUCUUAAUGCCUUUGCUAGUAUUUAUGUGCACGUCCACUCUUGUUUGGUCUUCUUGAUGUUUAGUGGCGUAAUGAUCUGUAAACAGGCCCUGGCUAAGAGCUUCGCACAUCUUUGCAGGUGCAGUAAGCGUGUAAAAAUGU